GCCUGAAAGUCUUGCUUUGUUAAACAAAGUUUGUUUACAUUUUCAUGAAAUGGGUGGGAAAAGUUAUUAUUGCGAUUACUGCUGUUGUUUCUUAAAAAACGAUGUUAAUGUGAGAAAAUUGCACAAUGUAGGUCUCUCCCACACUAUUGCAAGGAUCAACUAUAUGAAACGGUAUGAGGAUCCCAAAAAGGUUUUAAACGAAGAGCAUCGGAAAGCGCCAUGUAAACGAUACUUUGAAGGCUACUGCAAAUUUGAAAUGUAUUGCAAAUACUCCCACUAUAGUAAGAGGGAAUUCCAGGAACUGGAAAAAAUAGUUAUUGCUAAAAAGAAUUCAAAGUCCCGUAAUAGAAAGAACUCCAAUAAAUGGCCAUGGAAAACUCAUCUACAAAGGGGAUUACCUCCGUCAUUGCAACCCAUUACCUUGGCCAAGUUGCAACAAACAAAUUUUGAACUAAGCUGGGGUUAAUUAAAGCCAAUAUAUUUACAAUAA